AUGGAUGGGAUCUCCAUUGAAGGGGUAAGCAUGGAAACGUUCAAGAUUAUUGGGUUUUUAGUUAUUGCAGUUGUUCUUCACUACCUCAUAUAUAAGCCGAAUGUGCUGGAGAAGAUUUAUAAGGAUGCAAAAAGGCACAGGGUGCUUCUUGAAUAUAAGAGUGCAGAGUCAUAUUAUCAGAGCAUAAAAAUCGAAAAUAGCCCUGAAAACAAUGAUUCUUUGCUAGGUAAUAAAUUGUUCAUGGCAUCAUUUGCAAAAAUAAAAGAAAAGCUGCUGCAUCAGAGAGAAGCUGAUUUAUUGAAUAUGGAUAUAGAAACGCUUGUGCACGAGAUAAAUGAGUAUGAGGAGUGGAUCCUCAACGAAAAAAGAAACCAUGCCAUGAUAGAGCAGUUCUAUUUAAUGAGACAUGCAUACCUGAACGAGUACAUGUUCAUUGUGAUGAAUGUUAUACGAAAAAAGCAGACAAAGGAGUUUUUGCAUUUGGAGGAAGUCAAUAAAACAAUUAGCCUGAUUACUAGAAAACUUGAGGCCCAGGAUAUAUCAAACAGCUCAUGGGCUGAAUAUUUAGAAACAAUAAGAAAUCUGCAUUUAGCAGUAAAUCAUCUUACUACUGACAAAGUAAAGGAAGAGAUUGAGAGAUAUGAAAUGCUAAAGAGAAUAGGUGAGUUAGAAGGCCACCUUUUGUAUCUGGAGCUAUUCAGGACUCUCCCAGAUAUUUCACCAAAUAAGUCGAAGGAGUUUAAAAAUAGAAUAUUUAGGCUACACAUCAUUAGUCAAAUGAAUAAUCUCAGCAAUAAAUGGAGUAUUUUCUUUGGAAAGGUAAUUGAGCCCACUGCAAUGAAUCAGUUAGUAGCCUAA